GUUUAUAUGACGGAAAGAGCAACAGGAACUUAUCAGUGCAGCGCAUCCAAUCCACACGGUGAACUGAUAACGAUAUUCAAUUUAUUGAUUGGGAAGAGACCAGAACCACCUCUGAAAGUAGAAUUGAGGAAUUACACAAAGGACUCACUUACUCUGAGCAUAGAACUUCCAGUGGUGAUUCCAGAAGACAUCGAGGAAGGAAUGGAACCAAAAUGGUUGGUGGUGCAGUAUAGAAAAAACGGAUCUGAAGAGUGGAAUUCCAGAGAAUUCAAUAUUUCUCAAGAUUAUGCAACAGAAGAACCUGAGGAUUUACUUACAACGGAGGAAACUUUAUAUGAGUUGGAAGAAAUCCUAUACCUUUCCGACCUGGAGAAGAGCACAACAUACGAAGUGAUUGCAGCUACGAGAAACGUUGCCAGUAUGAGCGACUACACGAAUUCCAGCUAUUUCGAAACCUCCGAAUCGGCUAAAGUUCGAACAAACUCAGUUCUAAAUGUGAUUCUCGUAAAUUUAUUAAUUCUGUUUGUGUCCACGCCAGCUUAAAAAUGUCUGUGAAAUGUUUAGGUAGAAUAUGAAAUUAUACCUCAUAACCUGCGGUUCAUGUUCGGUGUAACUGUGGGGGAGAGCAAAUAUAAUAUAUUUUCAGGGUGUCACGCACAGCAUCAGGGUUGAUUUAUCUUGAUAGUCAAUGGGGUGGAUUUGUUCUGAGAGUGAAGGGUUGUUAUUUUUCCGAUAAUAUAAUCAAUUGGUAUUGUUGCACUAUGACGACUUGAAUUAUUUUGAAAAAUGAUAACAAUGAACAGUAGCAACAAUAAUAAAAUUCGUGAUAUUUGGGUUUGGUUGGUUGAAAUAUUUUGUCGACUGACAUUCAUAAGUAUUCAAUGAUUAUGAAAAUGGGAAUGGGAAAAUGUUGGAGUCAAUAGUUCACUACUAUCUUUCGAUAAAAUCAAUCCGGUACAUGGCUUUGAUUCACUGAAAACACAAAAUAUGGUAUCACAGUCACAUAAGAGCAAAUUAGGUGAGAAUUUUUUUUCCAUGAUGGAAUUUUCCUAACUAUAUCUGAAAUUGAAUUGCACGAAUUUCAAAACACAACAAAAAUAUAUUUUGGAAUAGAUUGACAAUAUUGUACUUUCAAAUAUUUCUGGUAUCUGGUAUUUGUAGAAUAGGGAGGGUUAGUGUCGAGUCCCAGCACUUAGGCCACAUGUGACCCAUUGUACAUCCUCCCGAGGAGUUGUCCUCCUAGGUCAUCGUCCAUCCUG